AUGGGCAAUUCAAGCAAGAAACAGGGCUCGCUUAUCCAAGUCCUUGCAAAUGAUGAAAUUGUUCUGGAGGAUUUGGCUCGGUUUUUCCCUGUCGCCCCCCAAAAUGAAGGAUUGCUAAACUACGUCAUCUGUGUGAAAUGGCGCGGCGCAUUCACUGUGGAAAGAGAUGGACGUGAUUCCGGAAUUGCUCGGGACCUUGCACACCACGCACUUGUCCGAGGAGAGCAGCGACUGACUAGGCCAGAGGCUGCAGAAGCAGAUGUAGACAUGUCCGAAGAAAGGGCUGGCCGUUUGAAGGUCGAGGAUGAUAAAUGCUACGUGGUGAUUGACUCAGACUCUGAUGAUGAAUACGUCCCUAAGAAAAAGAAACCUAAGAUACGUGAAAUAAGUAGCAAAGGUAAGAGGCAGAAAGUGUCUGAUACUAAGAAGCAGCUGACCCAGGAGGCUCCAAUAGUUAUCACUGAUGAUGAUGAUGAUGAUGAUGAUCUGGAAAAACCUGUGGUGACAGAAAAUGGUUCGUGUGAUCAGAACAAAAUUAUCAAAACUGAGGAAGAGAAGGAUGAGUUUGCUGUCCUCCAGCACAAGUUAUCUUCUGCAGCUGGUAAGCAGAGUCUUCUGAAAAAUCUCUGCCAGCUGCCAAAUGAUGAUCCUAAAGCUAAACCAGAGAUUUUAGACAGAAAGUUGUCAACUGAUGAAGAGCCUAUGCCUGUGGUGGAACAACCAAGGAAAAGGAAAAAUAAAACUGUUAAAGAACGAAAGAAGCGUAAGCCUUCAAAGAAGAAACCCAAGACACCGAAAUCUGAAAAAUCCAAGCCUGGGGAUUCUCAGUGCGAAAUACCUGGAUGUUUCUUUCAUGGCCUUGAAAAUGUAAAGCAGUAUUCUGGAAGGAAUUACAAACGAAAUAAGGAUGAACUGAUUCAGAAAAUCUACACUCUGCUUAACAGAUCUGUCUUUGAUCAAAAGUUGCCGGAGAAAAUCGACAUUGGCUGGAAUAAUAAGAUGCUGAGAACUGCUGGCUUAUGCACCACUGGCAAGCUUCGAUACCCUAAGAGAGAGCGUUAUGCUAAGAUUCAGAUUUCUCUGAAAGUCUGCGACUCUGCAGACCGACUCCGAGACACUUUGAUCCAUGAGUUAUGCCAUGCAGCCUCCUGGCUGCUCGAUGGCAUCCGUGAUUCUCAUGGUGACAUGUGGAGAUACUAUGCCCGAAAAUCGAAUAUGGUGCACCCGGAGUUGCCCAAGGUCACCCGUUGCCAUAACUACAAGAUUAACUACAAGAUUCAUUACGAGUGUACUCAGUGCAAAUUCAGGGUCGGGCGCUAUAGCAGAUCGCUGGAUACCACCCGCUUCAUCUGUGCCAGGUGCAAGGGCUCUCUGGCCAUGUUGCCACUAACUCGGAAAGAUGGAACCCCCAUUAAGCCCCACUUUGAAGCAGUCUUACGUGUAAAAGUCAAAGUGAGCAAAUACAGCAGUGUCAGAAACCACUGCCAGUCACUGUGGAGCAUCAUGCUGUUUGCCUCAUGCUCCCUGCAUAUGGGGAAGGCUGAGGCCUAG